UUAGGUUCUCCUUGUACAUCCAGUUGUCCACCAACACAAACAGGAGCACACUCCAUCAGUCAUGGCACUCAACGGCCAUAGCAUAGACCAGGCCUUGCUCGACGCCGAACACGAGCUAUGGAGAACCUCCUUCUCCUACAUCAAGUCCAUGGCCAUCAAGUCCGCGCUGGACCUCCGCCUCGCCGACGCCAUCGACCACCACGGCGGCGCCGCUACCCUCCCACAGAUAGUCGCCAGGGUAAAGGUACACCCCUCCAAGGUCCCAUGCCUGCGCCGCCUCAUGCGCGUGCUCACCGUCUCUGGCGUCUUCAGCAUCCAGCAGCAGCAGAACGUCGUCCCGUCCGCCACCACGAACGGCAACGGAGCUGCCACCGCGAACGGCAACGGCGCUGUAACCACGAAUGGUAACGGCGCUGCCACGGCGAACGGCAACGGCGUUGCCACCACGAACGGCAACGGCACUGCCACGGCGAACGGCACUGACGCCGCCGCCGAGCUCCUGUAUGCUCUCACGCCGGUGUCACGCCUCCUCGUCGGCUCGCGGAACCUGGUCUCGAUGAUGUCCAUGAUCCUCGACCCCACCUUCAUCACCCCCUACCUCGGGAUGGGCGCGUGGUUUGAGCACGCGCUGCCGGACCCGUGCAUCUUUAGGCAGCAGCACGGCGUGGCGUUGUGGAAGAUGGCUGAGAAGGACCCCGCUUUCGACGCGCUCAUCAACGACGCGAUGGUCUCCGACAGCAGCUUCAUCAUGGAGAUCGCCAUCAGGGAGUGCGGCGAGGUAUUCCAGGGGAUAACCUCCCUGAUGGACGUUGCCGGUGGCCUCGGCGCGGCAUCCCAGGUCAUCUCCAAGGCGUUCCCGGGUAUGGAAUGCACCGUGAUGGAUCUCGGCCACGUUGUGGCCAAGGCGCCGACUGGCACCGCCGUAAAGUACGUCGCCGGAGAUAUGUUUGAGAGCGUUCCACCGGCAGACGCUGUCUUCAUCAAGUGGGUUCUACAUGACUGGGGUCACGAUGAUUGCGUCAAGAUACUGAAGAACUGCAAGAAAUCUAUUCCAUCGAGAGAGAACGGGGGAAAGGUAAUAAUCAUGGACAUAGUGGUUGGAGCCGGGCCGUCAGGUGUGAAGCACAAAGAGCUGCAGGUCCUGUUCGACCUGUACAUGACAAUUGUGGAUGGCAUUGAGCGAGAUGAGCAAGAGUGGAAAAAGAUCUUCCAGGAAGCUGGGUUUAGUGGCUACCAGAUUUUACCGGUUCUAGGCUUUAGGUCAAUCAUCGAGGUCUAUCCGUAAACGUUUUGUACGCCCCAAUAAUAGGUCACCAGCUCACCUACAUCAGGUUUUCAGCUGAAUUAUAAGUUGGUUAUGGCCCACGCCAAAUGCAUGUAUUUUGAAAAGGAAGGAAUAUACAAAUUUUAUCUUC